CAACGCUGGGGAGAAAAUGAACGAUAAUUUACAAGAACAACAAAAAAAUUCAGAAUCCGAUUCUAAUAACAAUAUUUUCAUUUCUAUUUGUGACGAGGAGAAUGAAAGAGAAAACUCUCUUGGAGAGGGAACUAUACAACAAAAACAGAAACAACAACAACCGCAAAUUUUGUCUCCUUUAGCGACAUUUGGUAGUGAUACUAAUGGAAACAGGAAAGAACAAAUGACAACAGAAGAAUUAGAAUGCAUAGGUUGCCAACGAGAAACAGAAGGAACAGCAAAAACUAUGUUGGCGGAAGGUAUUAAGGAAAUAGCUCCUCAAUCUGAAGAGCAUGAAGCUGGAAUAGAAUCAGCAUCGACGACUUCUGUAACCACUUCACAAUUGUUGGCCGCUGCAUAUGCGCAUUUUAUGGCAAAACAGUGUGAACAAUCGCAGGAUAAUUAUGAUCAACACAUUUUACGACAGCAACAACAAGAAAUGUUGCGUCAGAAUGAGAGUAAUAUUCGCCAGCGUGAGCAUAAAGUAGCGGCUGAACUUCUUUCUAGGCAUUUACAGCAACACGGUUUAUUCCUACAACAACUUAAAUCCCAGUUACAAUUUUCGACGGCCGACACUUUCCCACCGUUGCAAACACAAACUACUUUAGGUCUUGAUUCAUUGAAUUCAACGUCAACAACAAUGCCUGCAAAUCAUUCAAACACUUCCUUAGAUAUUGAGAAAAAUUUUUUGUCCUCGUCUACUAUGGCUGUUUCUGAACAACGUCCAAAAGGACUCGCUUCGGACCAAACUGAAAACAAUCCUAUUGGAAACACUUCAAAUAAUUCAACUUUGGCAUCAGAAAAUCUACAGCAAUUGCUACUCGCCACAAGUUUGUUACUUCGUCAACAACAGUCAGCAAUUACGGAAGUCACUCCUCUCCCAGCUCCUGGGUCACAGUCAGACGGUAUUUCCGCCUUUAAUCAAUUGAACGAAUUACGUCAACAACUUCUUGGGAUAAACUCUUCAGCUGCUAACAAAGCUGCAACCGGACGUCUACUAGAACAACUAUUUGUAAAUCCUUCCAUUGGAAAUAAAUCUGCUGCUACUCAAGUGUUUACACCUCAGCAAUUUCCACAAGUUUCACCACUUGCGAUUGCUGAACUCUUGCGUCAACGGGCUUUAAUUCAACAAUCAAAACAACACCAAGCUGUCUCUCCACCGCCACCACUUGUUAUUCAUCGUCGGGUUGGCCGACCCCCCAAGCAUACUUCAACCCUUUUACAACCACAGCAUUUGCCAGGUCUUCUUAUUCCAAGUGAAACUAUACAGCCUAAACAAGUUCACAAUCAACCGACACAAAAACGACCCGCACUUUGUCCUGGACGACGAGUGCCGACUAGCGCUGAUCCUUGUCAAACUAUUGUCACUUUUCUGCUUACCUAUAACGUUUCACCCGAUAUCGACUUCUCCAGAAAGGCAAUUGAGUCAUUAAUCAAAAGACUUCGAGAUAAGCGAGAAGAACUUGAUUGGUUUAUCCAAACAGUUGUGGAAGAUGGUGCUCGCCCUUCGCAAUGUAUAACAAUUCCGCGAACACUAGAUGGGCGACUUCAGGUAGCCGGUCGGAAGGGGUUUCCUCACGUUGUUUAUGCACGCAUCUUCCGUUGGGGUGAUUUACAUAAAAAUGAAAUAAAACACUCAUCCAUAUGUCAAGCUGCAUUUGAUAUGAAAUGUGAUUCGGUUUGUGUUAAUCCAUAUCAUUAUGAGCGUGUAGUUCCUAUUUCUGUUGGGAAAUGUGGUCUUGGUGUCGAUUCAGAUGAAUCUUCACCUAUUUCUGCUAAUGGUUCGUGUUACGCCAGUGGUGAGGAAAUAUGUCAGUCAAACACGGUUCCAUCAAAAAAUUGCUACGCAUCGCCUAUUUCUCGUGAUAUUGUUCCGUCUUCAACGUUUCCCUCUAGUCCGGCAAAGAAAUCGUCGCCACCUGGUUCAGAUGUAUCUUUAACGUCACAUAGUCAGUUGCUUGCAAACAUGAAUAAGGGAUUGCUUAUUCCAAUUCCACUUUCUUUUCAACAACAACAACUUGCACAAAAACAUUUGGAUAGAAAAAGAUCUGUUUGUUAUGAUACCCAACAAUUUACAAUGGACUGUAUCAAAAGCAAAUCUACUUUAGUUGAUGAUAUUGAGAAAAUCAAAAAACAAAAACUAAAUGCUGAAGAAAAAACAAAUGGAGUGCAUAAUGUAGUACUCCCAACUGUUACUGGCUUUGCUUCUGAUACUCCUCGUAUAACUGUUUCAUACCACGAGUGGGGCAGUCUUGUGCUUCCUCGUCGAUCAUUUUAUGGUUCAGCUGUUCAUUGUGGAACUAGAGAUGCUGGGGAUGCCAAAGAAUUUUUCCAAAUUGGUUGUGGGAAGAUAAUGACGAUGGGAGAUAGAAGUGAGACAGAACUUUCUCCGUUGAAGUCUCAACAAUUAAUUGACGCGCGAAAACAAAUCGGUUUGGGACUUGUACUUGAGUCGAAUGAUGAUGGAGAGUUAUUCUUGACAAGUUAUGCACGUCGACCGCUGCUUGUUCAGAGCUAUUAUCUUGAUCGGGAGGCUAUGCGUUCAGCAAUGGAUGCAGAAAGGAUCAAGCAUACUAUUUUUCCUAAGGCUACAAUCAAAAUCUUCGAUUUGUGGCAGUCAUUUAGACUAAUGUGUCAAUUACGUGUUCAAAAAAGACGUAAUUCUUCCAUUGAUGGUAUGCCAGGGAUCAGUCAGGAUUCGUUUACCUUUCUUAAUCGCCUUUGCGAUGUUCGUAUUUCGUUUGGUGUUCAACAUUCACAUAACUUUGUGGACGAAGGCGAUGGUUGUGAUCUGUUGGAAUCAUCUCCUUGCUCAAUGGAAAUUCAUAUGGGCCGAGCCAAACGCAUUUUGGAGAAACUCAUUGAGCGUCCUGAACUGGCACAGCGAUUUACAAUUGCAAACAAUACAGGAGUCAGACCGGUCAAAAAGUUUGUAGACGGAAUUGGAACCAGUGUUUAA